AUGGGAUCAGAAAACGAGGUACAGAAAUUGCUCAACAGUGCGUCUCAUUGCAGCAGCUCGAACGAGGCCAGACAGAUUCUUUCUCAGGCAAUUGAGAUUUGUCAAAAGAGCAGAAUUGACUCUAAUCUAUUUAGCAAAGUUCGACUAGCUAUGGGUGACUUACUCUUCAGUGAAGGUAAUACUCAAGGUGCUGUCGAUGAAUAUAGACAAGCAGCUGAGCUCGAUGAAGUUGACGGAAGGAUCGACAACCCAGAAGUGCAGCAGAAACUCAAUUCUAUUCUCAACAAUGUGUCAGAUCAUAUGCAGUCACAAGUGUCUAGAAACUCGAGCGCCACACAAAAUGACAGAGAUUUGAGCUCAAUGCUUUUAGGUCAGAUCACUGGUCAUGGAGGCUCCAGUUCUUCGAAGUUUGCUAUGUUAGGAUCCUUAUUAUCCUCGGCUGGUGGCUCAAAAGGCUCUGGUCAAGGUUCCCAAUACGGCUCUGGUUCUGGUGGCAAUUCUAGUGGUGGAUUUUAUAGCUUGAUCUCAUCUUUGACCAGCUCUGGUGCCAAAUCUCAACAGGUUAGUCAAUCUGGAGGCUUCAAUUUGAGCUCAUUGCUUUCCUCAGGAGGUAAUAGUAGUUCUGGACUAGGAUCUUUGGUGGGUAGUUUAAUGGGAAGCGGAGGCCAGGGAAACCAAAAUUACGGUCAGACUCAGGGAUAUGGCAACCAACAAGGUCAAAGCUAUGGAGGCCAAGGUCAUGGUUAUGGAAACCAAGGCAAUCAGGGCUAUCAAAAUCAGAACAGUCAAGGGUCUGGAAGUUACGGAAACCAAGGCAAUCAGGGCUAUCAGGACAGUCAAGGGUCUGGAAGUUAUGGAAACCAAGGCAAUCAGGGCUAUCAAAAUCAGAACAAUCAUGGGUCUGGAAAUUAUGGCUCUGGAAGCGAAGGUUACGGGCAGAAUAACGAAUAUGGCUCCAACCAAGGCCAAAAUCAAAGUCAGGGUAAUGGCUUAAUGGGUAUGGCUGAGAGUAUGCUUGGUGGAAACAAUAAUGGCAGCAAUCAAGGUCAGUCAAGUGGCAUGAGUCAGAUGAUGAAUAUGGCUCAGAGUUUCCUCAAGAAGCAUUAG